AUGCAUCUUACCACGAUGCAUAUGGCUAUUAUCGCAUUGGCAGUCUGCGGCAUCGUCUACUUUACCGUCUCAUUAUACAAGGCACGCAGCUUCUUCCGCCGCCUACAGAAAGAUGGCAUCCCCAUGCCCCCUCAUCAUCCCAUCUUGGGUCAUCUUGGUCUGAUGUUGAGCAUCAUGAUCGCCCUACCCCGAGACGUCAUGCCAACCGUUGUGCUUGCCGACCAAGUUCGGAAGCGGUAUCCACACCUCGAUAAGGCUUUCUACUUGGACAUGUGGCCGUUCACAGGGCCCAUGUUGAUGAUCAUUUCGCCCGAUCUUAUGCGACAAGCAACGCAAGGGGAGCAUUCUCUACCAAAAGUUGCGUUCUUGAAGAACUACAUCAAGCCUCUGAGCGGUGGGCAUGACCUCGUCAGCAUGGAGGGCGAAGAGUGGAAACGCUGGAGAGACGUCUUUCGGCCUGCUUUCAGCCGAGCAACCGAGCUAGUCCCCAACAUCGUGGAAACCAUCUGUGUUUUCCGCGACCAGCUUGUCGGCAGAGCUAAAGGCAGAAGCGGUGUUUUCCAGUUGCACCACUCGGCAUUGAUGCUGGCGAUGGAUAUGUCAGGCAAGGCGAUCUGGAACCACAACAUGAACAGCCAAAAAUCAUACAACGACAUGGCGGAUGCGAUUGUGUCUCAGCUGAGAUGGCUUCUCGUCGAUGGCUUCAUGCCCUUUGCGAGUUUGAACUUCAUUCGGCCUCUGGUGCACCGGUAUAACGAUUUCAGAAUGGAAAGAUAUAUUACCGGCGUACAACGGCGGCAAGAGUCCAGCAAAAACGAGGAUGACUGCGUAAUCAGCCGCGCUGUGUCAAAAGUACGGUCUCGUCCGACCGAGAAGAAGAAAUCAGCUGAUCCCUACCGCGAACUCGGUGGUGAAGCCCAUUUCAACAAAGUGAUCAGGAGUCAGAUGAGGUUUCUUCUCCUUGCUGGAUAUGACACCACUGGCUCAACUAUCACGUAUGUCCUCCACAUUCUUUCUCAGCACCCCGAGGUUCUGGCAACGGUACGCGACGAACACAAUAAAGUUCUGGGAUCGGAUGUAUCUCUUGCAGCUCAACAACUCAAAGACAAGCCGCAUCUUGUCAAUGACGUUCCAUACACAACGGCAGUUAUCAAGGAGACCUUGCGCAUGUACCCACCAACGUCUACGCUGAGGAACGGCAAGCCUGGAUUCUACCUCUACGACCGCGAGGCCUCGGGUGCGACGGUCAAGUAUCCAACAGAAGGCUGUAUUGUGUUUGGCAAUCAUCAUGGUCUUCAUCACAACCCACGCUACUGGAAGGAGCCUGAGACCUUCCUUCCUGAGCGAUUUCUGUCAUCUCCAGAUGAUGCUUCAGGCUUGCAUCCGCUUCGAGACGCCUGGCGCCCGGCUUUCAUCCAUCCUACGAACAAUGGCUCGAACGCGUUCGACACAGGCUACCAGGGCGCGUCAUCCUACUACAUCACAGCAUCAACGAUUAUUGCCCUCCUGUUUGCGGCAGUGUCUUUCUUCAGAGGCUCGUCGAAGUCAACGCCUUUACCAUGGGUCAACAAGCCUAGCACAUUUGACUUCCUUCGCAUGAAGGCGAAGUACCGAUUUCUUAUGGGAGCGGGUGACAUGGUCAAGAAAGGCUUCGAGGACUACCCCAAUAGUCCUGGUUUCCGUAUGGUCGCAGAUGGCGGGGAGAUCGUCAUGCUGGCCCCCAAAUACGCAUCGGAGCUCAAGAAUGAUCAUCGCGUUGAUUUUGUCAAGCUAUUCCUACAGGACUUUCACGAGGGAAUACCGGGAUUCGACUUCACGCGGGAUGGAGCUCGUGAUGCAAAGAUCCUGCGGGAGGUCACGAAGAGCCAAUUGACCCAUCACUUAAGCAAAAUCACAGACUCUUUGUCAUCUGAGUGUAUCGCAUCAAUGCAACGAAUUUUCACUGAUAGAGAGGAAUAUCACGAUGUGGAACUGAGAUCGUCGCUGCUGGAUCUCAUUUCCCGCAUCUCAUCGAAAGCCUUUCUUGGUGGAGAUCCGUUGUAUCAAGACGAGGAAUGGCUCAAGAUCACAACAACAUAUGCAGGAACGGUCAAUCGAGCAGCCGUCAUGCUCCGUCUCUGGCCGCGCCCCUUACGCCCUUUGGUCCACUGGAUUCUUCCUUCAUGCCGAGAAGCGCGUACCCAAGUCAGUCUCGCAAGAAGGCUGUUCGAGCCGAUGGUCCAGCGGAGACGCCGUGCAAAGGCAGAAGAUUCGAACGUCAAGUUUGACGAUACCGUCGAGUGGGCCGAGAAUGCGGCCAAGGGAAUGCCUUAUGACGCCUCAGCAGUGCAAUUGCUCUUUUCGAUGGCUGCCAUGCACACCACGACCGAUCUCCUGACUCAGGUCAUACUAGACCUCGCAGCGCAUCCGGAAAUGUUGGAUCCUCUGCGAAAGGAGAUCGAAACUGUCCUCUCUGAGGAGGGCGGGUGGACUAAGGCUGCACUGCACAAGAUGAAGCUUCUUGAUAGUGUGCUGAAGGAGUGUCAGCGGAUGAAGCCAGCUGCGAUCAGCGGUCUGCGUGGAAUACUUAACACUGAUGUGACGUUGUCGGAUGGUGUUCAUCUUAUCAAAGGCACUUCCAUCGCUGUCUCGUCGCACCUUCACUGGGAUAAGGAUGUCUACCAAAACCCAGAGAAGUGGGAUGGGUGGCGGUUUUACAACCUCCGGCAGAAGCUAGGAAUGGAACAUCGGUCACAACUCGUGUCUUCUACGUCACCGGAGCACAUGGGCUUCGGUAUCGGAACCCAUGCGUGUCCUGGAAGAUUCUUCGGUGCGCAUGAGGUCAAAGUCGCGCUUUGCCAUUUUCUGUUGAAAUAUGACUGGAAGUUGGCAGAGGGGAGCGAACCUCAAACGAGGACUUUCAUGUGGUCUCUUGUCGCAGACCCUAAAGCUACAGUUUCGGUUAAGAGGCGCUCUGUUUAG